UCUUCCCUCUCCCUCCAUCUCUCUCUCUCUCUCUCUCCUGUCUAUCAGAAGACCCUGAACUCAAGCACUGCCAGUCUUUGCACUGUCAUUUGGUAGCCCUUCAAUUUGGAAUCGCCAUCUCCAUGCCUACUCCAGCAAGAGGCAUCUUGGCACCUCGCCAAUUCUCUUAUCAACCAGUGAGCGCCAGCUCUCUGAAGAAAAAGGACGCCAGACACUGCACCUACUCUUCUGUAGCAGAUGACCAUGAUAAGGAGAACGAUGUUCCUCCCCUCACUUGCUCCACCACCAAACAAGACCGACGAAAGGCGAUCACCAUCUUCACCAACGGACAGAAAAAAGGCCCCAAAAAUUGCAGGAGAGACGUAGAUUGCGAAAUUCCCAGCAAAAGGGCGUUGAAGCCGACGUCUCUUCAGAGGUGUAUGCAGUUGAGCGAGCACGAAUUCUCGAAGUCGUCGCUUUUGGGAGAUCCGUUAAUGAUGUCUGAUUCGAUGAACGUGUGGAACUAUUCGGGUUCCGAGGCCGCGCCAGCUUCUUCCUGGUCUACUCUUCCUAACAGAUCUUUAUUGUGCAGACCACUUCCACUUGAUAUUGGGCACUGCACAUGCAUGAUAGUGAAGGAAUCAUCAUCCGCACUUGAUGGGGCUUCUGUUUAUUCUCUCUAUACUAAUGAGGGCCAAGGAAGACAGAGCCGGAAGCUUGCAGUUGCUCAACACCGAAGGCGAGCCGGUCGCUCCGAGUUUGCCAUUGCACAGAACUCAAAGGCAAUUGUGUGCAGUUCGGAUGAAAGUUUCCUGGGGACAAUGACUGCCAACCUAACGGGAUCCAAGUACAACAUAUGGGAUCAGGGGAUCACCUUGGACUCUCAGAAAACAAAAAGUAAGCGUCUGCUUGCUGUUGUCGCGUUUGUGUCAACUGUUACCACCUGGACUGGAAGUUUCAGGAGCAUGCGUGUUUGGAUACCAAAAACUCAGUCAAUGUUGUUAAAAAGUACAGGAACUCAGAUUCGACAUGUCGGUGGUUUGCCAAUUGAUUGGCAGGACAAAAUUAGUAAAACUGACCAACUGUUCUCCAAAAUUCCAUAUUAUAAUCAAUUUGAGAGUAUUGUAUCUACGUAUUCUCUUCAAUUUCAGAGUUCGAAGAGAUAUGAACUUGAUUUCAGAGAGAGAACAAACGAUGGACUGCAGAUACGACCUUCAGUUAAGAACUUUCAACUCACAAUGGAGGAAAAUGGAGAGCAGUGCAUCCUGCUACUAGCAAGAGUAGGGAAAUCAAAAUAUGUAAUUGACUACGGAUAUCCGUUGACUGGUUACCAAGCUUUCGCUAUAUGCUUAGCAUCUAUUGAUUCCAAACUCUGCUGCACUAUUUGACUACACAAACUAGAAGGCUCAUACAACCAUACUGUUUUCUGGAUGUAUACAAUUUACUAAGCAUGUUAUAACUAGUGAUCUGUCAUGAUCUUGAGCUAGCUGAACUUUAUAUUAACAUGGUACAGAAAUUCAACACA